UUCCGGUCUGCUGGUGCGCCUCUCGCAUUGACGGGGCUCGGCUGCAGCACACAGCACCGCCCCUGCCCCGUGGCUCCAGCUGUUUGCACCGCUGUCCCGUGUCUCUGCCGCUGCGUUCUUGUCUUUAAUGCAGCCUUCACAAUGACAGGCAUCGCCGCCGCUUCAUUCUUUUCCAACAACUGCAGGUUCGGGGCCUGCGGGCUCAACUUCGACUCUUUGGCCGAGCUCAUCGUGCACAUCGAGGACAACCACAUCGACACAGAUCCCCGUCUUCUGGAGAAGCAGGAGCAGACACAGCCCACAUAUGUCGCUCUUAGCUAUAUCAACAGAUUCAUGACAGAUGCAGCGCGGCGAGAACAUGAGUCCUUAAAGAAGAAGGUGCAGCCAAAGUCGUCUCUGAGCCGGACCACUCCCCCGCGUCACUCCAAUGGAAGCCUCACUCCCCCCGUCACCCCACCCAUCACCCCUUCAUCAUCCUUCCGCAGCAGUACUCCCACAGGUAGUGAAUGUGACGAGGAGGAAGUGGAGUUUGAGGAGUCCGACAGUGAUGAGUCGUGGACUACAGAGAGCGCCAUCAGCUCCGAGUCUAUCCUCAGCUCCAUGUGCAUGAAUGGAGGCGACGAGAAGCCUUUUGCCUGUCCUGUCCCAGGCUGUAAGAAGAGAUACAAGAAUGUUAACGGGAUCAAGUAUCACGCUAAGAACGGCCACCGGACCCAGAUCCGGGUGCGAAAACCCUUCAAGUGUCGAUGUGGAAAGAGCUACAAAACGUCUCAGGGCCAUCGUCAUCAUACCAUCAACUUCCACCCCCCUGUGUCCACUGACCUCAUCAGAAAAAUGACACAGUAAUCAACUACCAGCACUUUCUAUUCAAACCAAUCAGCACCAGCUCUUUGUUACUCCUCUUUUAAAGUUUAUUAUGUCUCAUUUUUACAUAUUAUUACACUAUUUUUGAUUGCAUGGCAUCGUGUUCUACAUUGUAUUUUUUAUGAACAUUUUGGAUUGUUCACAGCUUUUGUAUUUUGCACAUUUAUCUAUUCAUGUAUUGUAGUGUCAAAAUUAAGUAUCAGUGAGAAGACUACACCUUUUCAUUUGACAGUCUUUUUUUAAAGUUUUUUCUGUAAAAAUGACAAAAGAAACAAAUGUAAACUCAGGUGACAACUCUAAGCAUUUCAGCACUACAUUACUACCAGAUUUUUUAGUUCUAUAAUGGCAACAAAAAGUUGGAUGAGAGAUCAGAGAAAACUGUUCACAAGUACAAGAAUCUUUCUUGUGGAUCUCUACUGGAUUACAGAGGGAUUGCACAAACAUAGUUUUAAGUAUUAGUUGAAUUCUUUCAUGAGACAGAUUUCUCAUGCUCAUUGUUCCUGGUCCCUCAGUAUUUUUACAAUAAUGCAUUCAAGCACUUUUUAAACAAAUGUUUUACCUUUUGCCAGUGUGCCACUGUGCAGGGGUCUAAAUGUUUAGUGAAACAAAACAACCUCUCAGUACUGUUGCAGGUACGAGAGACUCUUGUAUACAGUUGCCUUUUACAUAAAGGUUGUUACCCAAAACUUUUAAUAUUGUUGCUCUGGAGUCUUCUUAUGACUUCAGUUUCUCAUGCGUGCCAUUGUUUUUGAUACAAAGGUCUAUAUUUUGGCUAGCCAGGCUAGUAUAUUUAUGUUACUGUAAUACAUUCUCAGUUAUGCAGAAGUGUGAGAAACAUGCCUUCUUUGUGCCAUAUAAAAUCAUUUCUACAUUGUAUAUAUAUAUAUAUAUUGUUAUAAAUGUUCCCACCAGAAUGAGAAUUAUAGUGAGUUAAAUGCAUGACAGUUGUAAGUAUUAUCUCGUGACAGUAUUGUGUUGCCAGUAUAAAGUUUUCUAUUGAAUGUGAUGUUUAAAGUUCAGUGCAGUAAGUAGCAAAGAUUUCUGAAAUGCUGUCAUUGUGAAUGUUUUAAACAUAUUCUGUAUUUCAGCAAAAGCUGCUUUAUGUAAAUGUUUGUUACAUUGAAAUACAAGUUUUUUUCGGACAC